GCGCUCGUACUCUAGUACUGACCAAUCAGAGUUAGGCAUUUCUAGGCUCGGGGAGGAGCCGACUUGGCCCGCCAUCCUCAUUGGCUAGGCAACGCUUAGUAGAGCCGGAACCCGGGAGCGAGCGAAACGCUAUGACAUUUCCUCUUUAAAUAACCGGAGCCGGGGCCCCUUGGAGAAAUGGCCGCGUCGGCAGAUUUAAGUAAGUCUUCCCCAACACCGAAUGGGAUUCCAUCUUCAGACACAGCCAACGAUACCAUGGAUCCUUUCCAUGCUUGCAGUAUUCUUAAGCAACUCAAAACAAUGUACGAUGAAGGACAGUUGACAGACAUUGUAGUGGAAGUGGAUCACGGGAAAACAUUUUCCUGUCAUAGAAACGUUCUUGCUGCAAUCAGCCCCUACUUCAGAUCCAUGUUCACUAGUGGCCUUACAGAAAGUACUCAGAAAGAAGUUCGAAUCAUCGGUGUUGAAGCUGAAUCAAUGGAUUUAGUAUUGAAUUAUGCCUAUACCUCUAGAGUUGUUCUGACAGAGGCCAAUGUUCAAGCCUUGUUCACUACAGCUAGCAUCUUCCAAAUUCCUUCCAUACAAGACCAGUGUGCUAAGUAUAUGAUUAGUCAUUUGGAUCCACAGAAUUCUAUUGGAGUCUUUAUCUUCGCUGAUCAUUAUGGUCAUCAGGAACUUGGAGAUCGAUCAAAAGAGUACAUCCGUAAAAAGUUUCUGUGUGUCACCAAAGAACAAGAGUUUCUCCAGCUGACAAAAGACCAACUCAUAAGCAUACUAGAUAGUGACGAUUUAAAUGUAGAUCGGGAAGAACAUGUUUAUGAAAGCAUUAUAAGGUGGUUUGAACAUGAGCAGAAUGAAAGAGAAGUACACCUUCCAGAAAUUUUUGCCAAAUGUAUACGUUUUCCUCUAAUGGAAGAUACAUUUAUUGAGAAAAUUCCUCCUCGGUUUGCACAGGCCAUAGUCAAAAGUUGUGGAGAAAAGGGCCCCUCCAACACCAAUGGCUGCACACAGAGGCUUGGAAUGACUGCUUCUGAAAUGAUCAUAUGCUUUGAUGCUGCACACAAACACUCAGGAAAGAAGCAAACAGUGCCUUGUCUAGAUAUAGUCACAGGAAGAGUGUUUAAACUAUGCAAACCACCAAAUGACCUAAGGGAAGUUGGGAUUCUUGUAUCACCAGAUAAUGACAUAUACAUUGCAGGAGGAUACAGACCAAGCAGCAGUGAGGUGUCCAUCGAUCAUAAAGCAGAAAAUGAUUUUUGGAUGUAUGACCAUUCCACCAACAGAUGGCUUUCCAAGCCAUCCUUGCUUCGGGCCAGAAUAGGCUGCAAACUAGUAUAUUGCUGUGGUAAAAUGUAUGCAAUUGGAGGGCGUGUCUACGAAGGUGAUGGAAGAAACUCACUGAAGUCUGUGGAGUGCUAUGAUAGCAGAGAGAAUUGCUGGAUGACUGUUUGUGCCAUGCCAGUUGCAAUGGAGUUUCAUAAUGCUGUGGAGCACAAAGAGAAAAUCUAUGUUUUACAGGGAGAAUUUUUCCUCUUCUAUGAGCCUCAAAAAGACUACUGGGGAUUUUUAACCCCCAUGACUGUGCCUAGAAUCCAGGGCUUAGCAGCUGUGUACAAAGACUCGAUCUACUACAUAGCUGGAACCUGUGGAAAUCAUCAACGUGUGUUUACUGUUGAAGCCUAUGAUAUUGAGCUAAAUAAAUGGACUCGUAAAAAGGACUUCCCAUGUGAUCAGUCUAUAAAUCCAUACCUUAAGCUGGUACUUUUCCAGAAUAAACUCCAUUUAUUUGUGCGAGCUACUCAAGUGACUGUUGAAGAACAUAUCUUCAGAACCAGCAGGAAAAAUUCUCUUUACCAGUAUGAUGACAUUGCUGACCAGUGGAUGAAAGUAUAUGAGACCCCAGAUCGGCUGUGGGACCUUGGCCGCCAUUUUGAGUGUGCGGUGGCUAAACUCUAUCCUCAGUGUCUUCAGAAAGUUCUUUAAUAGGUAGCAGGCCAAAGCACAUCACUGGUAUCUCAUACUAAUGAAGCUUGUUUAGGAAAUGCUGUCAACAUUGAAGAAAGCUAACAGAGUUUUUGUAUUCAGAAAUGGGUGCUCAUAAAGAUUGUGGUGUGGGGAGGGAUUUGCUUUUACCUUCAUGAUAUUUUCAUUUCAGUCAGGAAAGGUAACAAAGUGCAAUUAUCAGCAUUUUUCCACCCCUGGCAUAAAAGUAUCAUCCUAGAAUUUUGUGAUAAAUAGUUGCUGAGAAACCAGGUGAAUUCAAGACAACUAUGCACUCUUGAAAAGCAGAAUAUUCCUGGGUAGAGACAUCCAAACUGGUUAACGUGACUUUUUAUUUUAAAUACGGGUAACAAUAUAAGGCAAUAUCAUUUAUUUAGCUGUGAUCUCUCUAACACAGAGAAGCACUAACUUAGAUCCUCAGUCUUACUAUUUAUAUCUAUUUACAUAUAUAUUUUUGUGUACUGUUUUCAAGUGUACGAGAUUUAAAUGUGCUGUCAGUAGACUGAAGGGAAACUCAGUUUUCAGAAGGAACUUUUAUUCAGAUUGUUUCAUAUUUCUCAUGUAACUUUUAAGUUAAGCUGCAAGGUUAAAGUGGCAGUUUUCUGUCCAUAACUUUUUCAAGUGCUAACACUGUCUCAUUUUUUAAAAUCCCAGAAAGGGCUCAGAUUUGCAGGUGACUGGUGCUCGUAUAAGUUAUUUCAUGUAUAGUUAGAUCGACUUAAAUGGUUUGUGAGUCUCUGUUUUAUCUUUCAGACUAGCAUGCUAGUUCCAUGGUCCUGGCACUUUACCUUGUGAUUCCAUGAGGUCUGCUCUUUGUGUGAUAGGAUAUGGCUGAUGGCCAUUGGUCUAACUGGAUUCAGUUUUACAAUUCCAAGUUUGCACUAAGAUGGGCUGUUUUGUUGCCCAAACUCUUUUUCCAUCCUCUACCUUUCCAGUCAUUGUUGGCAUCGUGAAAGUUAACUAAUAAUGUGAAGUUUUAACACCUACUUAUAAAAUUCUGUUUUUUAGAAACAAGAGUCUUAGAGUGGUCUAAUAAUUUAAUGGCUUAGAAAGUUCAUAUUAUGGUUCAACCUCUCUUUUUUGCACUCAACAGUAAUAAAUAUUUUUAUGUUGAAACACUUGUAGCUGAAGGCGAUCUCGAAAGAAGGAUGAGUGAGUGAACAGAGUCAUAGGUGUCUGUGCUCUAAGUACUAAGGCGCUGUUCAUAUUGAACUGAUAAGUUUCUCACAGGAAUAUUAACAUAAACUCCUUUUCACCUAAGGCAGGUAUUUAGGUUGAUAACGUACUCAGUACUAUGCCUACUAUAACUGAUAAAGAAUAUUACACAUAAGGCAGAGCCUGUCCUCAGAACAAACUUUCUUCAAAGAGAAUCAAAUUGAUUCUCUUGAAGAAAACUGGCAAGAUUUGUAUUGGAAAAGAAAAAAAGUCUUGCACAAAUUGUAAGGUGAUAGAUACUGUGAAACAAAUGGAAAACAUUGCCUCUUGCCUCACAUACCUCCUUUUCCAGGAACUUUACAGACUGCUUUACAAAGGCCCUACAAGGAGAGAGUUCUCUGAAGCAGUUCAAGUGGACAGCAUUCACAGAGUGGGUGUAUGUGUGUCCUCCACAGCUGGAUGCGUGGCUUCUCCUAAUCUCUUUGUAAACUUUGUCAGCCAAUAUUUUUUUUAACCUCUCUAGUUUGUCUUGUGAUUUUUAGUAUUUUUUUUCAUGCUGUUUUAGGGUUAUUUCUGUGAAUUUUUUGAAUUACAUUAUAGUUUUGUAUUGCUAAUGAGAGAGGAGAGAAUUUUUUACAAGAGAUCUCCAUGUAAUUUAUUUCUGAAAGCUUUGUUGAGUAUCUAAGAUUUCCUGCCACUUUGACAAUCUCUGUAUUUAGGAAAAUUCAUUACUUGAAUACAUGACAUAGAACAUUGAGUUAGCAAUGUACAUGUACCGUACGAUAUGUAAGAGAACAAUACACUGUGGCUAAUUCUUCACUAGAUUUAUUUUGUUGAUCUGUACAACAGUUGGUCCUUUUGUCAUAACUGUCUAUUGAGGGAAUCAUAUAAGAAUAGUGUAUCAAAGCCAAGGUUUAGAAUUUGCUAUGGGAGUAGAAUAUAUAUUGAUUUUAUAUGAACUAUUUGUUUACAUUACAUAGCUGGGAUAUUUUGCCACUUUUAAAAUAAUUUCAGAAAAGGUCCUAGGAAACUAAGAUUAGUGAUAUGUGUGGGUUUAUGUGUAGAAAUUUAAGGUACAUUUUCAUAGUCUGAAUAUAAGUAAAAGGCACAAUGGCUACGGCAGGAUUCAAAGAUCUAACAGAUGCCAAUCCCACUUUAACUAUGUUUCUGCAUUUGAAUGUACACAGCACUUUUCCUAUGUAGUUCUAUACAAAGAAAAUGGAACUAGGUGUAACUGUUGUAGGAUUGAAGAAAUCGUUAUUUAUGUCUGUCUUCGUUUCUUGUUAUCCUACGAAGUUGAUGUGUAAACAUCAAGUUGAUUUCCUUGGUGCAUGAGGAAAAGUGGAUGUGAUCUGUAAGGAACCAGAGUCCCAUGUGAAGGGUUUAAGAUGGCAUUCAAUAUUCAGUGCUCAGGUAUGUAGUAAGUACUGUAGUCCUAUGGGGCAAAUGUGUAGAUGUUUUUAAACAUUUUGCCGUAAUUGCACAAUUUUUGCAUUUUUACCUGAUGUCAUUGUUUCUUGUAAUAAAACCUUUUCUGAUUGAAAACUGCCAGUGUUGUAAACUGAUAUGAAGAAUGAAUUUUGCAAAAUUAAAAUUUGGUGAAAAUCACAAACUAUCUCAUGUCAUGGUAGAAUGAAAUAUUUUAACCUAUUAAAUGUCUGACUUGUGGCAUAAAAUGAA